AUGUCGGACGCAUUCCAUCUUCCUCCCAGCUCGGAGGGCAAGCCCUCGACGUCGACUCGCAAGGCGCCCCAGCACCUCAACAGCACAGGGUGCUGCAUCCGAUACUCUGAAGGCAAAGGGAGAGGCGUGUUCGCGACCCGCAGAAUCGACCCUCAAACCGUCAUCGAGAUCUCCCCAGUCCUCCUAUUUACAAAAGAUGAAUACCGCGACCACGGGCGGCACACGGUCAUCGACCACUACACAUUCAAAUGGCGCGAUGGGCGCAUGGCCCUCGCCCUCGGAUUAGGUUCUUUAUUCAACCACUCCGACCACCCGAACGUGUCCUACACGCUCGAUACGGAGACCGAGUCUAUCCGGUACACUACUACCCGCGCGGUCGCCCCGGACGAGGAGCUGUGUAUAUUCUACGGGCACAAGCUGUGGUUCGAGAAUGCUGAUGCAGGCAGCGCUGGUGUAACCCCGGCUUCUGAAGAGGGGGAGGCUGACGAUGGGUGGGGAGGGCUCGGACCUCUCGCAGACCUGGUGGACAACCAAAACCAGGACUCGGGGCCCUUCUCCUUCCCCAACGGCGAUCCAAAUGAUAUCAUCCCAGACGCGGACCUACCCUUUACGCGACUGAAACUGAUCGAAGAUCCGGAGGAGGAAACGCUAGAAAGUGUCCACACCAUCAAAGCAUGGGUCGUCGACCUCCCCGACCCGAAACAGACCAUCGCAAUGCUCAAAUGGCUCCGCACCUCCGGCCUCGACGACCCCUCCCUCGCCCACCUCAAACGCGUGCGCAAAUCCCCCGUCACCUCCACCACCUCGCUCCUCCUUUCGCGCGUCACCUCUCUAUCAGAACCCCCCGUGCUGCCCGCGGACGUUCCGCUCCCAGCGCCAUACACGCUCGCCGUGCCCAAGACCGCCGCGCUCACGCUGAGCUCGUGCAAGGUCAAGUCGACGCUCUGGCCGACGAUGUACGCCCCGCGCCGGAAGGGCGAGCUGGAAGAGUGGGAGCGCGGGCGGGUGCGGUGGGCGUGCGCGGCGAUGAACGCGGUCGUGGCGACUGCGAGGGAGGCAGCGCUCAAGGGCGAGCUGCCGAUCGCUGCGCACGUACCGGUUCCGUAUGCAAGUUCAAAGGAUCAGGCAGCGGCGGAUCAUAGCUUGACGCGGGAGUUCACCGCGCAUGAUACGAGGACGAGCCUCGCGCACCCGCUGAAGCACGCCGUGAUCAACGUUAUCAGGGCCGUGGGCGACUACCGCGCCGCCAGCCCCUCCCGCGCAAGCGAGCUCACGAAUCAGCCUCCAACAACCGAAAUCCAAACCGAAACGGACAAGACGCGCAACGGGACGCACUACCUGCUCACCUCGCUCACGCUCUUCACGACGCACGAGCCGUGUAUCAUGUGCAGCAUGGCGCUAUUACAUUCGCGGGUCAAGGAGGUAGUGUACCUGUAUGCUAUGGAGAAGACGGGCGGGUGUGGCGGCGUGGCGUGUCUCCCGAGGCUGGAGGGGGUGAACCAUCGGUUUGGGAUUGCGAGGUGGAGGAGUGGGGGAGGGUGUGAGGACCUGAGGGUCGCGGAGGAUGUGGAUGCGUGA